UUGCAGAUUCCUCUUAAUGAGGUCGUGGAGCCUCCUGAGUUCGAGGAGAUUGUGAUGGCAAACCAGCCUUUCAACGAGAAUGACCCCAAGAGUAAAAUGCUGGAAUUUCCAGAUGAUGAUAUGGAGGUCACCACUAUCCCUAGGCAGUGUCGCACAGUGUUGCCAUGCUUUCCUAAGGAGUUAGGGUACAUGACUAUAAUUUAUUAGUAAUGGUUAUAAUGAAGGUAGAUCUUAAGCGAAUUAUGAAGCUAUAAUGACAACGAUAAUAGGAACGUUGAAAGUGCAUCCACUUUGCACAAAGUGCUUGAUCCUUUCCUGUAAAGUUUUUCUCAGAAAAAAAAGAAUCCUUCAUCACGUGAAUAGGAAAACUUGGUACAUUUGUAUCUAUGUCUGUAGUCUGAAUUUGAAGAGGAAGCCGUAACUCCAUAAUUAUACUUUUCUUUGUUACUCUCACAGUUUCAAUUCAUCUGCAUUUCCUUUGUUGCCAUGUCAUCUAUUAAUUUAUGUCAGUGUUUUGAAGGUGAAAUUGCUUGUCAGAAUGUCAAUUAACAGAUGAUGAUAUAGACUGGUACUUAAAAACUAACAGGAAACAGUUGUAGUGUUUGGUUUGUCUGUUUGGUUAGUUUUAUGUACUGUAGCAGUUAAUUCAAGAUUCCUUUUUAAUGCAGAAUUGAGAACAACCCACAGCUCAAAGACAGCAUUCAUUGUUAUUCUGCUGACUGGGCAAUUGUUAAUCGCAGGUAAUGCAAUUUAGAAGAAGGAGAAUUCUAACACUAGAAAGCAGGGUAUUAAACUCAUGACCCUCCAAGUUCUAGUUCAGAUGAGUGGGAUGGAGGGCAAAUUGACUAAAUCCGGGGAAGAUCCCAUGACUUGCCACUUGCCAUAAAACCACGCUUUUCACAAAUGUGUGCAUUAUGAGGUCAGUUCAAAAGCCAGCUAACGAAUGCAUUUUCCACUGCCGUCAAUCAACUUAGUGGACCUCUUAGGAAACAAAACUUUACUUAAACUGGUUCAAAAGGUCAUGGUUUGUGAACUGUGAUUGGUGGAUUUUGAUCUGUUUUGUGUGUUUCUGUGUUUCAAGGUUUGUUGCUUGUGAUCAUAACCAUGAUUGACGGCAGCGAAAAAUGCAAGGCAGGUUAUGAACUGUAGAGUUCGAAUGUUUGUGAAAAGCGCAGUAAGCGCUUAUUUAUUUCAAGCCCUUUUUAAUGAGGGGGGUGGGGCUUUAUAGAGAUGGGGGGCUUAUUUUAUUUAGAAAAGACAAUAGUAUCAGUUCUCCAUAAAGGACUACGAUACAAAGUGGAAAAGCUUAAGUACAAGAAGGUUGGAGGUCAUGCAGCCAAGGAUUAGAAUCAAAUCCAAACUUCAAGUUUUCAACAAUCUUUGAUCAGUCUACAUGAAGUUUUACAGUCGUGAUUGAUUAAUACAGUCUAUCAUUUAUUAGUGAAGAAUAAUUAGGGGAGGGGAGGGGGGGGGCUUAUUAACUUUCAUCCCCUGAAAAGGGAGACUUCUUAGAGGGAGGGAGCUUAUUUGAGAGGGAGGGAGGGCUUAAUAGAGGAUUUACAGUGUGUUUAUUACUGAAACACAGAGAAGGGAAACUGGUUAACUGCCUGGAAAAAAGGUUUUAGAGGUAGAAUAGUCAACAACUGAACAAAUGGUAUAAUAACGUUUUCGCUGAGAUUUAGUAUCAUGUUUAUGGUAAACAGCAAACAUCAGAUUCAAAUUGACAAUUUACUAAAAUAGGAAAUGAGCAGAUAAAAACUGUAAACUGCAUGUAUGUAUGUCCACUUACUGGUGAGAAACUUCUUGUUUUGUGGACAUAAUGAACAGUGAACAUCAAGUAAAGGAAGUAAAUGAAGUGGUAGUGUUUGCCUUUGCCGUAAACAUUAUUCUAAAUCUCUUUAAUGACUGUCAUCUAAUAUUACUUGCAAUCAGAUAUCAGUUUCGCUCUUCCGAUGAAGGAAGACCAGAUUCAAGACGUCGAAUAGUGCGAUCACCAAGCUUUGUUAAGUCACUGCCAAGCCAAGUUUAUGAAAUUGAUGAAAAGGCAAAGUUACAAGAGCAGGUAAGAAUAAGAAUUAAUGCUUGAAUUUACUGCUGCUGUAUUUACACCCAUCUAAAAAUACUGGAGUUUUUCUCUGUUAUUACCUUGUGUUAGUCAAACACCUUACAUUAAUUUUUAUAUGUGCUCAAUUAAACUUUUUGCAUAAUGAAUGAUGGGAUCAAUUUAGCUUUCUGGGGAACUGCCCACCUACCCCUCCCCUAACUCAAUGUUAACAUUUACUUCUCACUUGGGGCAAAAUGUUGGGUUUUGGGAGGGGUGGGUGGGCAGUUUCCCAGAACCUAAAUUGAGCCGAAUGAUGCAUGGUCAAUUGCUCAGUCGGAUGAGUACUGGUCUGCCAAAUUACAGAUCUUGAGUUUAACCUUAGCUGGACCAAAAUUCAUGGUCUUAAAAUAACUUUGGAGAAAGUGCUGCCUUUGAAAUGACAUCAGGCCCCAGUUGUUCAAACAUUGGAUAGCGCUAUCCACCGGAUAAAUCACUAUCCAGCGGAUAGCGUAAUUGAUUUCUGUAAUACUUAUCCGCGGGAUAGUGAUUUAUCCGGUGGAUAGCGCUAUCCGACGUUUGAACAACCGGGGCCAGUUCAAUAAAUAAUCAAUUUCUCUAGUGUUCCCAGUCAAGGAUGAUAAACCAUGAUUGGCCCAUCUCGCAACCUAAUUGCUGAUAUAAAAUCUGUGGGACAUUAAAGAACCCACAUGCUGUUUGUAAACAGUUAGGGGAUGUACAGUACAGUAGUGGCUGCUGUGGUGGUCUAACUCUGCCAUCAGGUGGUCAGCCUGGCUGGAUUCUUUUGAGGGGCUUCUGAGCAAGUGAGACCACAAUCACAAAUGGCAGCCAUAAGUCUGAAGGUUAUGUGCUGGAUGUUGGAACCCUAAUUAACAGGGCUUCUGAUACUUUGCGCGGUCGCGGAGCAGCGAAAUUCUGGUAAAUCCUCAAAAUCCCGCGAAAUUUACAAAAACACGAAAAAUACCGCGAAAUUAAAUUUUUGGUAGAAAUCUUAUCAAAUACAUGUCUGUACAACAUAUUUGAAACUUAUUUCAGCGAUAGGGGCUAUACACUUGCCGUAAACUUGCAAAUUUAUCUUGGAACUUCAUCACUGAAACGUGCAAACAAUGUCCCGAAACUACCAGGUGUAGAUUAAGUUGCGAAAAACUGGGCAAUAGCCAUGAUGUUAAAGGCUUUGCCAUUGGUUCAUUUCUGGAGCGUAUUGUUGUUGAAAGAGCAAGUGAUGACCUCUGUUAGAAAAACGUUAAAAAUGCUGGUCUGAUCAGCGCAAAACCGAUCGAUUUCUAGCAAAAUUUGCCUUGAAAAUAACCACAAAGUAGAAAUUCCCGCGAAAUCAGCCGAUUUUUCCGCGAAUUUGUCCCUAAAAAUCCCACAAAAUUUGACUUUUUCUUCCGUGGCCUAUCAGAAGCCCUGAAUUGAGGAACUCAAGAACUUAGGAGUCAUUUACCCUAAGUUGUUGUGAAAGGAACCUUUGUAGAAUACACAUACAGGGAACAAAGUGUAUUCCCUUGAACUUCAGUUGAAAUUUAUUUUACCUACAGGGUAAAAGUGGUUCACAGCAAAAACUAGCACCACCCUCUAAGGAAGACAGCUUACCAAGGGGUAGCUGGGCAUCAAGGUAAUUAGUCUAAUAUUGUUCUGUGAACAUUUCAUUUUUUUUUUUAGAUGAUAUCUCAUCAAUAAUUCUAAGCUUAUAAAAUUACAUGUACAUGUAAUAGUCUGUAGAUUAUUUCUAGUGCAAUUUGAACCCACAGUGUUAUGUCUUCUAUGUUCACACAACAAAAGUAAAAUCAAAAGUUUCAGGCCUUGUCUCUAAACCCUAAUAAUUAUUAUUUGUAUAUCUUAUAAUUCAUAACAUUUUUUGGCUUUAGGAUAAUAUCAUGGGUGAUGUAUUAAUUACUCCUUUAUUUUAGGGCGAAAUUUCAGCGAUAUUUCUAAUUUCACUUGUGAAAUUACCAAAUUGCCAUGGCAACCUUCUGUACGUCUCAGUGCCAAGAUGAUGACAAAGCUUAAAAGUUUUAUCAAUGAAGAUGUUAGGGCAUGCAAAAUUUCAGCGAUAUUAAUUUUCUGAUUUCACAGGUGAAAUUACAAAAUUGCCAUGGCAACCUUCUGUAUGUCUCAGAGCCAAGAUGAUGACAAAGUCUAAAAAUUUUUAUGAAUAAAGAUGUCAGGGCAUUAAAAAAAUGCUUUAGAAAACCUUAACACAGGAAAGAGCACAUCAAGAAGGAUUCUAACAAAUAUUUUGUUGAAAUAUUCGGAAAAUUCUGAACUUGAGCAAAAUUUAAGCUGUAAACGUUUAAGAUCGCGGAGUUCUUGAUCGAUAUGAUAAAACCAGGAUAAACAUUUCAAAAAUCCACUAUUGCGAAUGAAUUCAUCAUUUUGAUCCAUGAUAUGAAUAGGUAUUUUAUCAAAUGGUAUACUUGUGAAAUAAGGGAAUUACAGUCAACUCUCUCUAAGACGGACACCUUUGGGGCCGGCACUAGCUGUCUGUCUUAGAGAGAUGUCCGUCUUAAAGAAAGUCAAAUAGAGGGAGCUAAGAAAGGCAGGGACCAACUCUAGGUGUCCGUUUUACAGAGGUGUCCGUCUUAUAGAGGUGUCCGUUAAGAGAGAGUCGACUGUAUUUCACUUGAGUUUUGUCCAAAUCCUAAUAAUUUCCUGAGCCUUUAGUUAGUUAAGUUAAUUAGUUUAGUAAAUUAUAAGAAUUUGGACAAGACGCAUGUGAAAUUAUUCCCUAAUUUCACUCGUCACCAUUUGAUUACACAUACUUAUGUUACACCUCUUUGCAGUGCUACUGUAGUCUGUAGAAUAACAUGUAUGAUCACAUUUCAUCACUAAUCACACCUGUUACUUGUGAUUUAUACCCUAUAUUCUGUAUUCCUUUCAUCAGCAUUUUUGACCUGCAGUCAUGCAACCCUGAUUCUCUGCUGCCAACUGUUCUUGAACGCACUCCAGGGGACGAGGUGGAUCGUGCAAAUGAAGAAGAUCGCCAGCUUCACAGGAUACACUCUUUAUUUUCCAUAUAUCCCAUUCAGCAGGUAUAAUUCAGGGCUGUCUUUACGGGGGCUAUGUCAUUAUGGAUAUUGCUGUUUUGGGUCAAUUCUGUGCUGAAGUCAUUACCGGUAAUAACUGUAUAUACUGGCAACUUGAAAACGUCUUUAAAAUAACGUUGGAUAGCACUAUCCAGUGGAUAAGUAUUAGGGAAUCCAAUUACGUCAUGCACUGGAUAGAGAUUUAUUUGAUGGACAACGUUAUCCAUCUUUCGAAUAACUGGGCCCUGUUCAUGAUCUAUUUUUCAGGAGGAGGGAAUAGAAAAGAGAGUUCCUGCCACUAUUCCUCAGGAACAUUUUGGGCAGAGAAUUUUGGUCAAGUGUCUUCAACUCAAGUGAGUUAUUUUGUCUGGAGGUAAUGUGAUAUUUGCAUUGUGGUAAAAUACUUGGUAACACAUGUUCUAAUUUUCUUUUAUUUUCUAACUUAAGGCUUGAGUUGGAAGUUGAACCAAUAUUUGCUACAAUGGCUUUGUAUGAUGGCAGGUUGAAGAAAAAGGUACUUGUGCUUCAAUGUGAAGCUUAAUACAUGUAGUUUAAAACUCAUCCAGACCCCAUUAAUAUGUAUUUAUACCUGGCAAGAGCCUUGAGUGGGGGCAAUUUUGGACAACUUGUAAUCCAGCCAUACAUGUACUUUUUCAUGGUGUGGCGGUUUGCAACAAAAUUGGUCCGCACAAGUCUUGACGAAAAUUUGUCCAGUGCUCAAAUGUUGCUAAUUGUCCAGAGCAGUUGAGUCUUUGUUUAAUAAGUUUAUGAGCAAUUUUCCAAACAAGACUUACAUCCCCAGACAAGUGAGUAUAAAAAGUUACUAGGUUAUAACUAUUAGUUUUAGCACAACUAUAGCACAACAUAAACAUUACACUUUUUGGACCUACAGUACCAUUCAAUAAUAAGUUACAAACGUCAUCUGGCUUCUUGCGAGACGAGUGUCUUGUUGUUUCGUUGUUGAGUGCUAAACAUUCCGAAUACAUUUGAUCCUUGCAGUUUUUAAAGCCUCUCGCGAGACUAGAGUCUUGUCUCUCGAGACAAGACGUAUGUCUCCUGAGAGGGUUGUAACUUACUUUUGAGCGGUAACACCAUACAUGUCUUUGACGUCCUCUGCCAAUUAUGACGUGAAAUUUGCUAAUGAGAUUUUUAAUAAAGGAUAUGUAUUUCCCUUAAUCUCAUUUUGAACUUGAAUACAGAAAAGAUUAUCUAGAUUUGAUAACCUGAGUGAGGCUAAUGCAAUACAGUUUGAAAGGAUGCAAAUUCCCUUUUUUCAGUGAUGCUUUCACUGCGAGGUUGUCUUCAUGGCUACAUGCUUAAGCUCUCCCUGAUAAUUAAUUUUUUCCAGUCUUCAUAGCCAAUAAUAAGCCUGAACUGACAGAUGACCAAUAACAUCGCGGCAUAAUUGACCAGUCUGCCCCAACCAAAGUUUAAUACCAUCAGCUGACAUGAUACAACUCACUUUGACUCUGAAGAUGACUAUCACUUAGCUUGUUGAAAUGUCAGUCACUGUUAACAACAGUCCUAUUCAGGACGAUGUCAUCCGGACAAUCAUGCUCAGCCUAUAGUACUUAUGAAAUGUUUCUGCGUUUUUUCAAUCCUUACUGCUACAGAUAUCAGAAAAUUUCCACUUUGACAUGAACAGUGAGUGGUGCAGAAAACUGGUCAAAGAACACAAUCCUCGCACAGAUAUCUCCACUCUGAGCCGGUCUGCUAUAUUCUCCAUCACAUACCCCUCAUCAGAUGUAUUUCUUGUCAUCAAGUUGGAGAAAGUUCUGCAGCAAGGAGACAUAAGUGAAUGUGCAGAACCAUACCUGAAGGACACUGAAAAUUCCAAGGUA